GCAAGCCAAGUUAGAUCUAAGAGUUGCAGCAGCAAAAGUGGAAGAGUUAACUAAAGUGACUGAAGAUCUUCAGGAACAGAUGCAAAAGAAGGAGGAAGAUAUGGUAUCUGCCCAAGGAAGAGAGGAAGCAUCAGAUAGGCGCUUACAGCAGUUACAGUCUAGCAUAAAACAAGUAGAAACAAGAUUAUGUGUGGCAAUCCAAGAAGCCAGUCAAUUAAGAACAGAAAAAACACAUCUGGAAAAACAAAUUGGGGAACUACAAGUAAAGUGCAAUGAAUUAGAAAGUGAGAAAUAUGAGGCGAUUUCAAGAGCCAGAAACAGCAUGCAGCUCUUGGAAGAAGCUAACCUUCAGAAAAGCCAGGCUCUGCUUGAGGAGAAACAAAAAGAAGAAGAUAUAGAGAAAAUGAAGGAAACGAUUUCUCGGUUUGUACAGGAUGCUGCAAUGAGAACCAGGAAAGAAGUUGCAAACACCAGAAAGCAAUAUAAUAUACAGAUUGCUCAACUAACAGAAGAACUUUCAGGCCUUCAGAUGGAGUGUGCUGAAAAACAAGGUCAAAUUGAACGGGCCAUUAGGGAAAAAAAAGCAGUGGAAGAAGAACUAGAAAAGAUUUACCGUGAAGGCAGAGGAAAUGAAAGUAAUUACAGAAAACUGGAAGAAAUGCACCAAAGAUGCUUGGCUGCAGAACGUUCAAAGGAUGAUCUUGAGCUAAGACUUAAGAGAGCAGAAAAUAGAAUGAAACAACUUGAAAUUAAUUCCUCAGAAGAGAUAUCACGUUCCCAAGAAAUGAUUCAGAAACUUCAGAAUGUACUGGAAUCUGAGAGAGAGAACUGUGGAUUUGUCAGUGAAGAAAGGCUAAAACUUCAGCAAGAAAAUGAACAAUUACAGAAAGAGGCUGAGAAUUUACGAAAGAUUGCUCUGGAGGCUCAAAAAAAAGCCAAAUUAAAGAUCAGUACAAUGGAACAUGAAUUUUCAAUAAAGGAACAUGGGUUUGAAGUUCAGCUGAGAGAGAUGGAAGACAGUAAUCGGACUUCCACGGAGGAACUGAGGCAUCUCUUAGCGACUCAGCAGAAGGCAGCCAAUAGGUGGAAAGAAGAAACAAAGAAACUUACUGAAAGUGCAGAGAUUAGAAUCAGUAAUUUAAAGAGUGAGCUGAGUCGACAGAAACUUCAUACCCAAGAGCUGCUUUCUCAGCUGGAAAUGGCAAAUGAAAAGGUAGUUGAGAAUGAAAAAUUAAUUCUAGAGCAUCAAGAAAAAGCCAACAGACUUCAAAGACGACUAAGUCAGGCAGAAGAGAGAGCUGCAUCGGCUUCCCAGCAGCUCAGUGUGAUUACAGUACAAAGAAGAAAAGCAGCCUCCAUGAUGAAUCUGGAAAAUAUUUAAAUAUAUCCAUAGCUCAUUCACAAAACUUUAGAGUUUGUGAAGCUUUUGAACUAGAGAUGUAUUGAAAUGGUAAAACCUGCAGAGAAUGGUUAAGGCUUGUGUCAUUUUAUAUAAGCAUUUUCCAUUCUGUUUUUGAGGGUUAUUGGAAAACAGAACAGUGACAGCUUCCUGUAAGUAAAGAAAAUAUAAUCCUAUAUUGAGCUUCAGUGGAGAAUAAAGCCAGCUGAGAAGAAUUCAUUGCUUUCAUCAACGUGUCUAUUUUUUUACUCCCUUUUUUCCCUUGGAAGAACAUAGUAAUUUUCAAACUAUGCUGAUCAUGAAAAAGAGACCCUAAGACAAUUUUAGAAUUUAAUAUUUCAGGUUCCAAGAUUUGAAAUUUUUACAUCUCAUUGUUACUCCUAACAUUUUUUA